AUGGACCCCAAAAUAUCAAUUCCUCAGGGGGCGCAAAACGGGGUACAGCCAUUUGCCGCGAAUUCAACCGAAAUGGGACAUGCAUCUACAACCCGUGUCGCUACAACCAUGUCUGCAACCGAUGCGCAGGUCCUCACCCAGGACAUAAAUGCAGUGAAAGAUCCUCAAGCAAUAGCAACCACGCCUCAACGAGUAGUCACAAAUCCAGCAAAUCAAAGCAUCAGUAAGAUAAUUUUGUCGCUACCGACAUCUAUAUCUGUAGAUAAUUUAGAAGUAGCACUCACUGGUCACCCAGAUACACAUUUUACGUCACAAAAAUGUAAUAAUUUAUGGUAUGGGGCAAGAAUUGGUUUUCAGGGACAGCGUAUCCCACGGUUUCCAAAAAAUUUACCUACAGCGCUUGCAAACCCUAGUAUUGUCUCGGCAAAUUUGGUCUCUCUUGGCCGGGUGGCAGGUCCAUUUGACAGUCCCCCAUUCAGUAAUCUUCAAGUUUCACCAACUGGCAUUGUUCCCAAAAAGAAUUCUAAAAAAUUUCGCUUGAUUUUCCACCUCUCGUUUCCCAAGUCGGGCAUGACCAGCAUAAACAGCGCAAUUUGCAAGGAUGAUUUUAGUCUACAGUAUGUUACCAUUGAUGAUGCCAUUGAGGGCAUUAAACGUUUUGGGCCAGGUUGUUUCCUUGCCAAAACUGAUGUUGAGUCAGCCUUUCGGCUUAUUCCGGUCCACCCCGAUGACUAUGAGCUAUUAGGUAUGUUUUGGGAUGGUAAGUACUAUUUUGACAAGGUUCUCCCCUUUGGCCUUAGGAGUGCCCCAUUUAUUUUUAAUCAGUUGUCCGAUGCUGUUGAAUGGAUUUUACGUAAUAACUGCAAGAUUUCUUUUGCAUGCAUAUCCUUGAUGACUUUUUAAUCAUGGAACCAAAAGCACCUUCCAUACCACAUGAUAGUACAUGUUUACAGAGCUUAUCUAAAAUGCUUCUUACUUUUCAUGACCUCAAGAUUCCUAUCGCUCCAGGGAAAACUCAGGGCCCCUUACAAGUCCUUGAAUUUAUGGGCAUUAUUUUGGAUACAGUGAAAAUGGAAGCCCGGCUGCCUGCAGAUAAGAUCCAUCGCAUUAGGACAAUUUUUGCCGAGUUUGAAGCUAAAAAAUCUUGUACUUUGAAAGAGCUGCAAUCCUUAAUUGGAACUCUAAAUUUUGCAUGCAAAGUCGUUCCUCCUGGACGGCCAUUCUUGCAGCGGAUGAUUGACUUAACCAGAAAUGUCAAGGAAUCCCACCACCAUAUUUAACUAAAUUUGGGAUUUUUUAAGGAUUUAGUUAUGUGGAAACAAUUUAUUACUAAUUGGAACGGGGAAAGUUUUUUCCUCUCAACGUUAUGGCAAGAUGCAGACAGUUUGCAGCUAUUUACUGAUGCAUCAAGAACAUUAGGUUAUGGGGGGAUGUUUGGUACUAAAUGGUUCCAGGGCACUUGGGAACCUUCCCACCAGCUAGAUAAACCGGGCAUUAGUAUUGCAUGGCAAGAGUUAUUUGCUAUUGUAAUUGCAUGUCAGCUUUGGGGAAGCCUUCUCUGCAACAAAAGAUUAAUUUUUAAUUGCGAUAAUGAGUCGGUUGUUAACAUAAUUAAUUCUAAGCGUUCAAAGGUUCCCCGUGUGAUGGAUUUAUUACGCCAUCUUACCCUACUCACAUUGAAAUUUAAUCUAUACAUUCAUGCAAAAGAUUGCAGAGAUUCAGAAAACUGGCACCACAAUGCAGAUCCCAGUCCAUGCCCUAUUCCCAGCCAACUGUUGAUAAUCUGAGAGGGGACAUUCAGCAUUACAUCAAUUUAUCCAUUGCUUCAUCCGCAAAACAAACUUAUAGUGCUGGUGAAAAACGCUAUAUUGAUUUCGUAACUAUGUUUAAACAGCAAUCACUUGAACAGUGCCUACCAGCAACAGAAGCCAUUUUGACAGAAUUUGUGGCUUUUCUCGCCAAAUCUAUAAAAUAUGCCUCAAUCAAAACCUAUUUUGCAGCUGUUCGCCAUUUGCACAUGCGCCGAGGUCUUCAACUAAAUUUACCAAAAAUGCAACAACUGCAGCUGGUCUUGCGUGCCAUAAAGCGUUCCCAUGGAGACCAAUCCGUGUGCGUUUACCAAUAACAAUUCAUCACUUGCAAUUGUUUCACUUAAUGCUUGCCAUUCCAUCAACACAAAAUUACGAGUCCCUCAUGAUUUGGGCGGCCAUGACUUUGGCCUUUUUUGGAUUUCUUCGUCUAGGCGAACUGACAUGUAACACUAAAUUCAACCCCGAGGUCCAUCUCAUGCUUGAAAACCUUUAUUUUGCUCCAGGAGUGGGUCAAGGCAACCCCGAAUUCAUGACAGUGGAAAUCAAAGUCUCCAAAACAGACCCAUUCCGUUUGGGUCAAACAAUCACAGUUGGCGCGUCCAACUCACCCCUAUGUCCUGUUUUGGCAAUGAAGAAGUACCGCUUGGUUAGAAAAACAACGGGUGGUCCACUCUUUGUUCAUGUUUCUGGAAAACCUCUUACCAAACAAACUUUAACGGCUGAGACUCGGAUUUUAUUAAACCAAGCAUAA